AUGGAGUCCACCGCUAAAGCUACUGUCAACCAGCCCCAGGCUGCCAUGCAAAUGAGCGUCGUGAACCCUGCUCCUGCCAACAACAGUCAAAACCACCAGGAGCACCACGCUAAGCGUAUUCGUGGAGGAGGAGCUGCUAAAGACUGCUUCCUUGGUGCACUCGAAUGUUUCCUGUGCUUCGGCUGCCCUUGCGAGAUGUGCUGUUAA